AUGGAGGCGCGCGGGGAGCUGGGCCCUGCUCAGGAGCCGGCGAGCGGCGACCUGCUGCUGGCGCUGCUGGCGCGGAGGGCGGACCUGCGCCGAGAGAUCCCGCUGUGUGCCGGCUGCGACCAGCACAUCCUGGACCGCUUCAUCCUCAAGGCUCUGGACCGCCACUGGCACAGCAAGUGCCUCAGGUGCAGCGACUGCCACACGCCGCUGGCCGAGCGCUGCUUCAGCCGGGGGGAGAGUGUGUACUGCAAAGACGACUUUUUCAAGCGUUUCGGGACCAAGUGCGCCGCGUGCCAGCUGGGCAUCCCGCCCACGCAGGUGGUGCGCCGCGCCCAGGACUUCGUGUACCACCUGCACUGUUUCGCCUGCGUCGUGUGCAAGCGACAGCUGGCCACAGGCGACGAGUUCUACCUCAUGGAGGACAGCCGGCUCGUGUGCAAGGCGGACUACGAAACGGCCAAGCAGCGAGAGGCCGAGGCCACCGCCAAGCGGCCGCGCACGACCAUCACGGCGAAGCAGCUGGAGACGCUCAAGACCGCCUACAACACCUCGCCCAAGCCGGCGCGCCACGUGCGCGAGCAGCUCUCGUCCGAGACGGGCCUGGACAUGCGCGUCGUGCAGGUCUGGUUCCAGAACCGCCGGGCCAAGGAAAAGAGGCUCAAGAAGGACGCGGGGCGGCAGCGCUGGGGACAGUAUUUCCGCAACAUGAAGCGCUCCCGCAGCGGCGCCAAGUCGGACAAGGACAGCAACCGGGAGGGUCAGGACAGCGACGCCGAGGUCUCCUUCACCGAUGAGCCAUCCAUGGCUGAAAUGGGCCCGGCCAGCGGCCUCUAUGCCAGCCUGGGGGACCCCACCCCGGCCUUGGGCCGGCCUGCGGGAGCCUUGGGCAGCUUUGCACUGGAGCACGGAGGCCUGGCGGGCCCAGAGCAGUUCCGAGAGCUGCGCUCUGGCAGCCCCUACGGCGUUCCCCCAUCCCCGGCCGCCCCACAGAGCCUUCCCGGUCCCCAGCCCCUCCUCUCCAGCUUGGUGUAUCCAGACACAGGCUUGGGCCUCGUGCCCUCGGGGCCCCCGGGCGGACCCCCACCCAUGAGGGCGCUGGCGGGGAACGGACCCAGCUCCGACCUUUCCACGGGAAGCAGCGGGGGUUACCCUGACUUCCCUGCCAGCCCUGCCUCCUGGCUGGACGAGGUGGACCAUGCUCCGUUCUGA